AUGGCCUUCACUUCCACUCUCACCGCUACUUCUUCAACUUCUCCUCUCUCCUCCAAAUCCCCUUUCCUUACCCCAUUCACGAAUCAAAUUUCUUUCCCCUUUGCCCUCAAACUCUCCAAACCCCUCUUUUCUCCCUACGGAAUCGGCCCUGCUUUGGGUCUCGGAUUGUCCGUAAAAGCGCAAACUCUUGAAUUUUCAGGUUCGUUCUUCGAAGGUGGGCUCGGAAGUCAGGAUGAACCGCCUGCCCCUCCAGGAACAGGAUUUGCCACUGCCCUCGAAGAAAAGGAGGAGCCUCAGUGCCCUCCUGGACUUCGAAAGUACGAGAGUAUGGUGGUUUUGAGGCCUGACAUGUCUGAAGACGAGAGACUCGCUUUCACCGAGAAAUACGAAGAGUUGCUUGUUGCUGGGGGUGCAAUGUAUGUUGAAGUAUUCAACAAAGGGCUCAUUCCACUAGCAUAUAGCAUCAAGAAGAAAAACAAAGCUGGUGAAACCAACACUUACUUGGAUGGCAUCAAUCUCCUUUUCACCUACUUCACAAAACCCGAAUCAAUGGCAGUUCUCGAGGCAACACUUCAAGCAGACGACGAUGUUGUUCGAUCAAUGAGUUUCAAGCAAUGGAAAAAGAUUUGUAGUUGCCAGUUUGUGCUUUUCCUUUUCAAAAUGAGUGCUGCUAUUGUGACAACUCUAUGGGCCAUUUAG